AUGGCGAGAAACAGGGUGAGGAUGGCUUACAUAGAGAAUGAUAACUCAAGGAAGGCAACAUUCAGGAAAAGAAAAGGAGGUAUCAUGAAGAAAGCCUUGGAGUUAUCAACUCUCUGUGACGUCCCAGUGGCCGUAUUCGUCCAGAGCGAGUACAAGCCGGUCCCUGAGGUGUUCCCUGCAUCGAGAGAAGCUAUGGGAAACGUUCUGGCCAAAUGGGAUAUGCUGUCGCUCGUUGACAAGACCAAGAGGAUGGUGAACCAAGAGAAGUUUCUCCAGCAGAGGAUCGACAAAGCUACUGAGGGUAUCAAGAAGGUUGACAAGGAGAACAAAGAGUUGGCGAUGAAGGAGGUCAUGUUUGAUUGUCUUAGCGAAAAAACUGCACCAUGUUUUCUUGUUAAGGAUGAUCUUCCUGAAUUGGCUGGUGUUAUUGACCUUUAUAUCAAACGUCUUAAUCGUAGGAUGCAGAUUCUUACGAUGAACGAUGCAUCGUCCUCCAGCUCUGUUAUUCCUCCUGCUGUUGCAACAGCUGUUGCCAUGCCUAGAGCUGAGAUGGGUUUUUACUCAACCGGAUUUAACGGUAUGAUUCAAGAGAAUAUGAAUGUGAUGACAAACGUCAAGGACUUUGAUCUGAAUCAGGCACAGGAUGAGUAUCCAUGA